GCAGCCAUUGUGGCGUGCUCCCGCACUGUCUACGUGAGGCCGGGCGCGCCUCUAACGGGGCUGGCUCGGGUCGGUGAGAGCGGGGCCGUCCUGUCGUCCGCUGGAACCUCGGCGUGAUGCCCCAUAGGAAGGGAGCCGAACGUGCGUCUCGUACAGCCCCUCGGAAUUAUGAGCCAAAUACUUCCACUUGACACUUCUUCCAAAAUAAUUUCAUACAGAACUUAUUUAUGGCCCAACCAAAAAAACCCUAUGAAGACAGAGAUAAGAUUUUGGCUCUCCUAUGGUUUCUGGUGGUGAGGAUGGGAUUUCAGUGGUUGGGGCACUGAGAGAUCCUGGGACAUCUGACAAAAAGCCAGCAGAAGUUUCUUUCAGCUCCUCCUGUUAUGCCAUGUUUACCAACAUUUUCACCAGACAUAUCCUUCAGACAUGUUUCAGUUUGUCUCUAACACUUCUGAAAUGUAGCCUGGAACAAUACUCCAAAUGAGGUUUGCCUGAUGUAGAGGAUUUCCCAGAGCAGCACUAACACGUAUCUUUCAUUCUCACAGCCUCUGUACAGUUAAAAUUCAGAGAAUUGGAAGUGACGUCAUCUGUGACAAAAAAGCCCCUCUUGGUGUGUGGAAGACCUAUAUAUAAAAGUCACAUCUAAGGGUCCACAGCUCAAUUCAUCAGCUUUCUCAGGCUUACUCAACUUUGAGUGGCAUCAGCUGCUAAUACACCUGAAAGAAAAUCGUGUCCUAAGACAUUGUGUGUGAAGAUGAUGUCUGCAAAAGACAUGGUUAAAAUAAUGGUUGUCAUGUUUGCAAUUUGUUUUCUUGCAAGAUCUGAUGGGAAGCCUAUUAAGAAGAGAUCUGUGAGUGAAAUACAGUUUAUGCAUAAUCUGGGCAAACAUCUGAACUCAAUGGAAAGAGUGGAAUGGCUACGGAAGAAGCUGCAGGAUGUGCACAAUUUUGUUGCCCUGGGAGCUUCUAUAGCCCACAGAGAUGGUGGUUCCCAGAGACCCCGAAAAAAGGAAGACAAUGUCCUCAUUGAGAGCCAUCAAAAAAGUCUUGGAGAAGCAGACAAAGCUGAUGUAGAUGUAUUAAUUAAAGCUAAACCUCAGUGAAAACAAAUAUGAUCAAAGCACUGCUCUAGACAGAGUAGGGCCACAAUAUUACAUGCUGCUAAUAUUUUCAAGCUCUACUAUGAUUAAGUGCCAAUAUUUCUAUUAUUACCAAACUUUACAUGUAAUCUGUUGAUAGCUGUGAUAGCUGCAAUUUUAAUUGAUUAUUUUGAUUCUACUUUUAUUCAAUUUAGAGCUCUUUUAAUAAUUCUGUUUCUAUUGAUUCUAAAUAAAUGAAGUUAAGUAUUUCUCCCUUGUUAUAAAAAUGUCUUUUGGUUAUGAGUAACACCGAUAUAU